AUUAUAAUAAGAACUUUUUUUCUUCCUUGUUUUUUUUUUUUUUAAAAUAAUCCAUUUUAGUUUAUGGUUGAAGAUAUUUUUGAUAUAGCAUUCACUCAUGUUCCAUCAUCAGACAAGUGUUUGAAGUCAUGACUUCCAAAUAUGGAUGGACUAAGCUUUCUUUAACAAGAUUUUCUUAAAAAAAAAAAUUGAACUCCCAAAAAAAAAGAAAAAAGAGACUAAUUUUCUUGAUUGGUGGUGAAAUUUAUGGCUAUGUACUAUCAAGGAGGUCCAGAAAUCCAAGCUGAUGGUCUGCAGACACUUUAUUUGAUGAACCCUAAUUAUAUUGGCUAUACUGACACACAUCACCAUCAUCAUCAACAACAAUCAGCCAAUAUGUUUUUCUUGAAUUCCGAGGCGGCGGCGGGGAAUUUCCCCCACGCGACCCUUCCUAUGCAAGCACACGGGCAGGGGCACUUGAUCGGAGUGCCCCUCCCCGUUGGUUUUCAGGAUCCGAACCGCCCUUCCAUUCAGGAAAUUUCGGCCUCUCAUCAUGGCCUUCUCUCGCGUUUGUGGAGCUCUGGUGAACAAAAUUGCCCUGGAAGUGCUGGUAGUGAUGGAGGAGGAGGAAAUGGAAACCAAUCACAUAUACCGUCUUCUACCGUGGUUUCUCCCAACUCAGGUAGUGGUGGAGGCAUCACCACGGACUUUGCUUCCCAAUUAGGGUAUCAAAGACCGGGAUUGGUGUCACCGACACAGGCGCACUAUCAAGGACUUUCUCUAAGCCUUUCUCCCCAACAACAACAACAUAUGAAUUUCAAGUCUAGUCUUCCAUUAGACCACCGUGAAAUUUCAACAACAAAUCAUCAAGUCGGAAUAGUAUCAUCAUCAUCAUUACUAUCACCAAGAACAAAUACUAAUAAUAUCGAUCAUAUUCGAGGAUCAGGGGCAUCAUCGUCAUUUUCAAUUUCUAAUGGGAUGAAUUUGGGUUCUAAGUACCUAAAAGUUGCACAAGAUCUUCUUGAUGAAGUUGUUAAUGUUGGAAAAAACAUCAAAUUAUCAGAUGGCUUAGAGGGUGGUGCAAAGGAGAAACACAAAUUGGACAAUGAAUUAAUUUCUUUGGCUAGUGAUGAUGUUGAAAGUAGCAGCCAAAAAAAUAGUGUUGUUGAUCUUACAACAGCUCAAAGACAAGAACUUCAAAUGAAAAAGGCCAAACUAGUUAGCAUGCUUGAUGAGGUGGAUCAAAGGUAUAGACAAUACCAUCACCAAAUGCAAAUGAUAGCAGCAUCAUUUGAGCAAACAGCAGGAAUUGGAUCAUCAAAAUCAUACACACAACUUGCUUUGCACACAAUUUCAAAGCAAUUUAGAUGCUUAAAAGAUGCAAUUUCAGGGCAAAUAAAGGACACAAGCAAAACUUUAGGGGAAGAAGAGAACAUUGGAGGCAAAAUUGAAGGAUCAAAGUUGAAAUUUGUGGAUCAUCAUUUACGCCAACAACGUGCACUACAGCAAUUAGGGAUGAUGCAAACAAAUGCAUGGAGGCCACAAAGAGGUUUGCCAGAAAGAGCUGUUUCUGUUCUUCGCGCUUGGCUUUUCGAGCAUUUUCUUCAUCCGUAUCCCAAAGAUUCAGAUAAAAUCAUGCUUGCUAAGCAAACAGGGUUAACGAGGAGCCAGGUAUCGAAUUGGUUUAUAAAUGCUCGAGUUCGACUAUGGAAGCCAAUGGUAGAAGAAAUGUACACUGAAGAAGUGAAGAAGAACAAUGAAGAACAACAUGGUUUAGAUCAAGAUCGAAAUAUUGUGAACAAGAACAAUGAAGUUGUUGGCUCAAAAUUAACUGCUCCACAAGACAAAUUACCAAUUCAUGAUGCUGAAAUUUCUACUUCCACCAUUAAUUCAACAUCUCCGACGGGUGGCGGUGCCUCGCUUCCGACUCAUGCGGCUGCAGGUUUCUCCUUCAUUGGCUCAUUAAACAUGGAGAACAUUGAUGAUCAAAGGAACAACAAAAAGCCAAGGAAUGACAUGCAGAAUUCUUCAACUAAUACUAUUCUCUCAAAGGACACAGAAAUGAAUAAAGUUGUCCAAGAUGAUCAGACCAUCAAAAGUGAAAAGUUCAAUGGUAACAACAAGAGACAAACAAGAGAAUGUUACCCUCUAAUGAAUCCCUACACAAUGGAUGAUCAAUUUGGAACAAGGUUCAAUCCAAAUCACCAACAAUUGGCAACAACAAGUACUUUUCAUCAAGGAAAUGGUCAUGUUUCUCUUACAUUAGGGCUUCCACCAAAUUCUGAAAACCAACACAAUUUCUUGCCUAAUAACCAAAACAUUGGAUUGGGAAAUCAUUACAAUCCUCAAGAUUCACAUCAUCCAAAUGUUAGCUAUGAAAACAUUGAUUUUCAGAGUGGAAAGCGAUAUGCGGCUCAACUAUUACAAGAUUUUGUUUCUUGAUGAUACAUAUAACAUAAUUUGCAGGUAAUUAAUCAGCUUGGAACAUCGUGAAAGGCCUUGGAUAAAAGAAGGGAGUUGAGAUUUAGUGAUCUUAUAUAUGUAUAGGUAGAAAUUUUAGUUAGUAUAUAUAUAGGUUAUACUUCUAGUUUCUAAAUGAAGAUACAAUUUUAUUUUUAUUUUGUUUUUGUAUUGAGAUAGCUAGCUAGCUUGGAUUAUUUAUUGUUGUUGCAUGCAACAAAAGAAGAAGAAAAAAUAAUUUAUACAUGCAAACUAUAGUAUGUUGUAAAUUUUGUGCUUUUUUUUGUUUCAAUUUGCAUAUAUUUGGAUAAAUUUUGCAGA